AUGGCAGCGGCUUACGCAGCUCUACUUUCUCUCAGGCAUACUAUCGAACACCUCCAAAACCAUCCUCGCCCUCCGAUUUCUCUUGAUGAAACACAAACUAAACUUCUCACUGAAUAUAUCACUUUCUUGCUCGAUUUUCUCGAAAAUUAUUCGUUUGUCGACAGCCAAAAAGCAGAUUCAUUGGAGGUACGCAUGUCCGAUGCAGCUUACGAGGCAGAGGAUCUGAUCGAAUCCCAUAUUGCCGAUCAAAUUCAGGCUCAUGCUGAAAAUCUCUCUACCGAUGUUGACUUUUUGUAUGAAGGUCUACAUAAAGCGACAGAGGAAUUGGAAGCCAUUAAGAAUGAGAUUCAAAAGCAGAAUUUGGGAGUAAGAAAGAAUUUAUCGCCUGCGGCUGCUGAUGGUAUUAGUUCAUUAAGAAGAUCUCCUUCGUCACCAGGUAAUUACACCAUGGUGGGAUGUGAUGAUGUCAUGAUUGACGUCAUGGACAAACUCACAUAUGGACAACGCAGUCUCCAAAUAAUCCCGAUUGUAGGCAUGGGAGGCAUCGGUAAGACAACUCUGGCUAAAAACAUAUAUAUGAAUCCAGUAAUUGUUGAAUACUUUCAUUUACGCGGGUGGGCUGUGAUUUCCCAAAACUAUAAUUUGAGAGAGAUUCUUUUAGAAGUGUUGCUGUGUCUGAAUAUCAUUGAGAACAGGGAAGACUCGAGCCAAAUGAGCGAAUACGAAUUAGGAGAUAAAUUGCACAGAACAUUAUUUGGCACAACGUAUUUUGUUGUGAUGGAUGACAUGUGGAGCAUCGAGGCAUGGUACAAGGUGAAGUCCUUCUUCCCAGAUAAUAACAAAAGGAGCAGAAUAGUUGUGACCACUAGGCUUUCAAGCUUAGCUUCUCAGUUGAGCGGUUUUUACGGUUUGGAGAUGAGUUUUCUAAACGAUCACAACAGUUGGAGACUAUUCCAAAACAGUGCUUUUGGGGAAGACGGUUUUUGCCCUCCCCAACUUGAAAAAACCGGAAAGAGAAUCGUGAAAUCGUGCAAAGGGCUUCCAUUAUCGAUUACCGUGAUUGGAGGGCUUCUGUCGAAGCACACACAAUCGCUCGAUUAUUGGGAAUAUGUAUUGGAAAAUUUCAAUGCUGUCUUGAAUACAGAGGAUGACGAGCGUUGUUUGAAAAUACUACGCCUGAGUUAUAUGGAGUUGCCUGUACACCUAAAGCCUUGUUUUCUUUAUAUGGGACUUUUUCGGGAAGACAGUGUUAUUCCUACGUCAAGGCUCGUCAAAUUAUGGGUUGCGGAAGGAUUUCUCAAACCGAUUAGUGGGAAAAGUUUGGAGAUGGUAGCAGAAGAUUACAUAGGGGAACUUGUGAACCGAAACCUGAUCUUAGUCGACGAAUUUGGGUCAACGGGCAAUAUGAAAUCUUUCAAAAUCCACGAUCUUUUGAGGGAACUGUGCGUAAAAGAAGGUUUGAAAAACAAGUUUAUGUGUGUGAGAAGGGCAGAUGACCCCAAGAUUCAACAAGACAUAAAAAACAAACGACGUAUCGGUUUUCAUCCGACUAAGAGUGGCGAUCUCGAAAUUGGUUCGAAAAUCGGCCCCUUUCAAUCUUCGUCACUCGGUUCUUUCAUAUGGGAUUGUGGGAGCGAGUCUAUUAGUUUACCACAGCUUAAAUUUAAAUUACUUAGGGUGCUAAUGGUGCUUAAGUUUCCCGAUCCUUACAUUCUUCGAAAGAGUGAGACUAUAUCGUGGCCUACCAACUCACGGCUUCUUGAUUUUCCGUUUUCUAACUCUCCAACGACCCCAUUUCCAGCUAACUGCCUCUGGAAUCUGCAGACAUUAGCAAUAAAAGGGCUGCAGCAUUAUCAACAAAUCGAGUUUUGGAAAAUGCCUCAACUCAGGCACGUCAAAUGUCAAAGUCUUUAUCUCCCGGACCCAAAGGAAGAGAGUGAUUCUUUAAUAGUCCUUCACAACCUUCAGACACUGAAGACAGUAUGGAAUUUCAAGUGCAGUGAGGAAGUGAUUAAGAGAAUACCCAAUAUCAAGAAAUUGGCAAUAAAGUACGAGGGACUCUCAGUGAGUUUUGCGCCAGAAGAUUACUGUCUGAACAAUCUAUGCCAGCUGGAGAAACUCGAAACCCUUAGUUGUAUCAACUAUGGUGUGGCGAAAUUGGGUCAGAGCCUCGUUUUUCCAAAUUCGCUUAAGAAGUUGACUUUGUUCGGACGUGAGAUCAGCUGGAAAGACGUUGGGACAAAGAUAGGGCGUUUGCCGAAUCUUCUAGUGCUUAAACUGUGGGAUUGUCAGUUAGGACCUAAGUGGGUAACUGUUGAGAGUCAAUUCAGGAGGCUCAAAUACUUGUCGAUUUCAAACUGUAAUGAUCUGAUAAGCUGGGAGGUGGAAAGAACGCAUUUUCCGUGCCUCGAGCGAAUUUAUCUUGAUGGGUUAGAGAAAUUGGAGAUUCCUCGGGAGAUUGGAGAUAUACCGACGCUUAAGUCGAUCGAGGUGGAUUGUUGUAGCAACUGUGUUUUAGCUUCUGCACAGAGAAUAUUGAGAGAACAAAGGGAGCUUGGGAAUGAAGGGCUUCGACUUAGACGUGUAUUCCUUGGCCUUUGGUUUUGA